AUGGUUGGAGAAUUAAGUUACUUGCUUGGCCUUCAAGUGAAGCAAACUAACUAUGAGCUGUUUAUUUGUCAAUCUAAGUAUGCCAAAGACCUAGUUAAGCGAUUUGAACUGAACAGUAAAAAACACACAAAGAUACCUAUAAGCACGAGUGCUAAGUUAGGUUAUGAUCCAACAGGCAGAAGUGUUGAUCAGACAGUGUAUAAGAGUAUGAUUGGUAGUUUACUCUAUCUUACAGCCAGUAGACCUAAUAUAGCCUUCAAUGUUGGAGAGUGUACGCGAUUUCAGGCAGAUCCUAAGGAAUCCCAUUUAAGUGCUGUGAAAGGUUCUAUUAGGUAUAUCAAUAGGACAGCAAAUCAUGGGAUCAUAUAUUCCAGAGAGUCAAAUCUUGAUCUCGUUAGCCAUUCUGACACAGAUUGGGCUGGAAAUGCCGAUGAUAGGAAGAGUACCUCGGGUGGAUGCUUCUAUGUUGGUUCCAAUCUUGUGUCAUAG